AUGACUCUAGAACGGACCGACAACCUGGGCAAGAACUCCCAUGGCCCCCAGCCUGCUUGGCCAAUAGCCAAGUGCGAUGGGAGCUGGAGUACUCGAAUCCCGCGGGCAGCGAGUUCUCUGCUCCGCGCCAGCCAGGCCGUGGAGGGCACCCGCGCCUUCUGCGCCAGGCAGCCGAGGGUUGGAACAAACGGAAUCAUUUCCACCCAGGACUUUCCCAGAGAGACGCAGUAUGUGGAUGAUGAUUUCCCCACAGACUUCCCUGCGAUUGCCCCUUUCCUUUCGGACAUUGACACCAGCGGUGGGAGGGGCAAAAUCUAUUACCGCCUGGAUGAGUCCAGGGAGGUGUUGGAUCGGGCCGCCCGGCUUGUCCAAGCAGGGUUUCCCAGCGCCACCGACUUUGUGCCAGACCAUGCCUUCAUCGCAACCUGGGAGAACGUGGGCGCCUAUGAAGAAGUCACUCGGAAUUUGGAGCCAUCCAAGCAGCGUAACACCUUCCAGGCCGUCUUGGCGUUCAGCCCUUCGGACACCUACGCCCUCUUCCUGUACCCCGAGGACGGGAUCCAGUUCUUCGGGACACGGCCGAAGGAAUCAUACCACGUCCACCUGGAGCUCCCGGCCCGAGUGGGCUUCAGCAGAGGAGACUAUCACCGGCAGGAAGGACCGUACCACGGCAUAACGAGCAGCGAGCAGUCCGUUAAGAACCUCUACCAGGCAAGCAACAUCGGCAUCCCCGGCGUGUGGCUGUUCCACAUCGGCAGCACCUCCCCGCUGGAAAACGUGGUCCCGGCCACGGUGGGCCGGGGGCCCCCGCCUUCCCCGAGCAGCUCGGAGCGUCGCUUGGUGCGGCCGCCCACCCCAGAGGCUGCGUACCCCGAUUCCAGCCCCGAUUAUGCGGAUCCGUUCUACGAUGGCAACGAGGACGACCUGGAGUACCUGCCCGUUACCCCGACCGAGCUGCCGCCCGUCCCGGAAACGGGGACCCGCAGCUCCUUCAGCCUCGGCGACCUCCUGGAUUACGACGAGCUGAUGCGCUCGGGGCCUGAGCCGGAUUCGGGACUGAAGCCCAGCCGCCUCCCUCAUUACCCAGAGCUGGACUCCGUCUCCCUGGACCUGGCAGAGGGACCGCCGUCCGCAGCGGCUUUUGUAUCAGAAGGAAACGCCGGGACCCCGACCCUGCCGCUGGUGUACGAGAGUCCGAUUGAGGCGGUCACGGCCAUCCUGCUGGGGCAGCCUGGUGGUGAGGGGGCCUUGCCCCCCCAGGGAAAAGUUUGGAGUGCCCCCUCGGAAGCAGAAGGCUUUCCCGUCUACCCAGAGGGGCAGGUGGUCCCCGAAAGGCUCCCAGACAGCGCCCCUCAUUUCAGCCACAGAAGGCGGGUCGUGGGUGUGGAUGAGGAUGUCAGCUUUAACCCAGACGGGUUCACGUACAGCACGGCCAGCGUGGACACCUGCGAGGAGCAUCACACCCAGUGCUCCCAGCAUGGCUUCUGCACAGAUUAUAGCACUGGCUUCUGCUGCCACUGCCAGAACAAGUUCUAUGGGAAUGGCAAGCACUGCUUACCUGAAGGGGCCGCGCAUCGACUCAACGGGAAAGUGAGCGGCAGCCUGCUGGUGGGGCAGACGCCCGUGCACUUCGGCCAGGUCGACCUCCACGCCUACAUCGUCAGCAACGACGGGCGCGCCUACACGGCCAUCAGUCACAUCCCUCAGCCGGCCGCCCAGUCGCUGAUGCCCUUGGCGCCGAUCGGGGGCUUCUUCGGCUGGCUCUUUGCCCUGGAGAAGCCAGGCUACGAAAACGGCUUCAGCAUUACUGGUGCGAAAUUCACUCACAAUAUGGAGGUCACUUUCUAUCCUGGGGAGGAAAAAGCUUUUGUCAAACAAACAGUUGAUGGACUGGAUGUGGAAGAUUACCUCAGUGUUAGGACAGAAAUUCAAGGACAGGUGCCCUACAUCCCCGAGAAUGUUACAGUCUACAUUGCACCUUACAAAGAAAUUUACCACUACUCAGAUUCAGUGGUGACGUCCACGUCUCAUCGGCAAUAUUCCCUCAUCCUGGGGAGCACCAACCAGACCUUCUCCUACCGGCUGCGCCAGAAUAUCACCUACGACGGGUGCCCGCAUGCAGGCCGCCGGCAGCUGGUGCCUCCUGCCCAGCAGCUGAUGGUGGAGAGGAUCUUCGCUCUGUAUAACGAGGAGGAGCGGGUGCUUCGCUACGCCGUCACCAACCAGAUCGGGCCGCUGGGAGACGAUUCUGGCUCCGUCCCGCUGAACCCUUGCUACGACGGCAGCCACACCUGCGACACGACGGCACGCUGCCAGCCGGGCGCCGGACUGGAUUUCACCUGCGAGUGCACCUCUGGCUACCGGGGGGACGGCAGGGAGUGCGUGGAUAUCAACGAAUGUGCCGAAGGCCUCAGUAGAUGCAGCCAGGAGUCGGUGUGCGUCAACACACAGGGCAGUUACAGAUGCGAGUGCCCCAGCGGAUACCAGCUUGCAGCUGACCGGGCUACUUGUAUAGACGUGGACGAAUGCGCGGAAGGAAGAUGCCACCGAGCCGCCGACUGCGUCAACUCCCCCGGCUCCUUCUCCUGCCGCUGCCGGGCCGGCUACGAAGGGGACGGUUUCCGCUGCUCUCCAGUGGCUGCCCCCCCGCCCAACCCGUGCGCGCAAGGGACCCACACGUGCGCCGCGGCCGACCGGGCGCGCUGCGUCUACCACGGGGCCGGCUCCUUCAGCUGCGUCUGCCUGGCCGGGUACGCCGGGAACGGGCACAACUGCACAGACGUGGACGAAUGCGCGGAAGGAAGAUGCCACCGAGCCGCCGACUGCGUCAACUCCCCCGGCUCCUUCUCCUGCCGCUGCCGGGCCGGCUACGAAGGGGACGGUUUCCACUGCUCUCCAGGGAGGGAGCCGGUCUUGACCCGCUGCGAGCAGGAGCGGCGGCACCUGGGCCAGCCGGGCCUCCCCGGCGGCCCCCACGUCCCCGAGUGCGACGAGCAGGGCAACUACCGGCCGCUGCAGUGCCGCCACAGCACCGGGGAGUGCUGGUGCGUCGACCGCGAGGGCGCGGAGGUCCCUGGGAGCCGCGUGCCGCCCAGCGCGGUCCAGCCUCGCUGCGGGGCUCCGGAGCCCACCCGGCGGCCCCAGACCAUGUGCGAGCGGUGGAGAGAGAGCCUCCUGGGGCAUUACGGGGGCAGCCCCCGCGGAGACCAGUAUGUGCCCCAGUGCGACGCUUUUGGCAAUUUCAACCCCCUGCAGUGCCACGGAAACAGCGGCUACUGCUGGUGCGUGGAUGAGCACGGCCGUGAGAUCCAAGGCACGCGAUCGGAGCCCGGCGCUUCUCCCGCAGGCCUCCCCAGUGUGGCCCCGCCGACCGCUCGCCCGUCUCCGCGCCCCGACAUCGCCGCUCCUGCGAGGGGGACGUUCCUGCUGUACGCCCAGGGCCAACAGAUCAACUCCUUGCCCCUGAACGGCACGAGGCUGAAGAAGGAGGACGCGAGGACGCUGCUCUCCUUGCAUGGCUCCAUCGUGGUGGGCAUCGACUACGACUGCCGGGAGAGGAUGAUGUACUGGACGGACGUGGCUGGGCGGACCAUCAGCCGGGCGGGCCUGGAGCAGGGGGCGGAACCGGAGACGCUCGUCAGCUCGGGGCUGAUCAGUCCGGAAGGUCUGGCCAUAGACCAUCUCCGAAGAACCAUGUUUUGGACGGACAGUGGCUUGGACAAAAUCGAGAGGGCCCGGCUGGAUGGCACGGAGCGCCGAGUCCUCUUUGCCACAGAGCUGGUCAACCCUCGUGCCAUUGCGGUGGACCCGAUCCGCGGGAAUCUCUACUGGACGGACUGGAAUCGCGAGGCCCCCAAAAUAGAGACAUCCACUGUGACGGGAGAAAACCGGCAGAUUUUGGUCAACCAAGACAUCGGGCUGCCAAACGGAUUAACCUUUGACCCCUUUUCCAAGCUGGUUUGUUGGGCAGAUGCAGGAACCAAGAAGCUGGAGUGCAUCUCACCCGAUGGCACAGGAAGACGCGCCAUCCAGAAUAACCUCAACUACCCCUUCGGCAUCGUUAGCUACGCCAAUCAUUUCUACCACACAGACUGGCGAAGGGAUGGCGUUAUAGCUGUGAACAGAGACAGCGGUGCUUUCACGGGGGAAUACCUUCCAGAACAGCGGACACACCUCUAUGGAAUAACAGCCGUUCACGCGUACUGCCCAGGAGUACGAAAAUAAGCUGUCUGCUACGUGGAAUGGGAGAGAAGGGACCGGUCCCACCACAGCAGUUGGAAGACUCCCGUAUCUGACAUGACUGUGCAUCUGCAAGAGGGGCCCCUCCAACUCCAUCAGGACAACUGGCGAUUUAUACCGAAGGGAAUUAAGUGGUUUAACUUAGAGCAAAAUUAUCCAGUAUUUUUAAGUUAUACCUCAAAUCUUUACUACUGUAUUUUUAUUUUUUACAAAGUGAAAACUUUUUUAUAUAUUGCCAAGAAGAAAUGGUGCUAUGGAUUAGGGGGCGAAUAAUACUCAUUUUGCUGAUGGGAGCAACUUUGUAAAAAAAUAUGACCAUAUAAACAUAGCCUUAUUCCACGGUUAUUUUAUUGAAAAACACGAGACUCUACACUUUUUAAAACAGUGGAGGUGGAAGGGAACCUUCUUAGUUCGAAAGGGGAAACUAUUUUAGAAUGGCUUGGGCAGCGAUGCUUAAAGAUGCCAGUGAAACGACUCCCGUGUUUUGGAAGGCAAUGUAUCUCCCACCUUUUGUCCCUUCUGACUCAGUGCAUGUCUUUUUAGUAUUUAUAUGAGAAAAUAUGCUAGCAAGAGCGGGUUCAAAUUUAUCCCCCCCCCACCCCGAAAGUCUGGUCACACGCUUGACUGCGCAUGGCGUACCUGCCUGUUUUCUAGACUCUUUCAUGGAUCAAAUAAAAAAAAAGUUUGGGUUUUU